GAGUGCUCGGUUUUGCGGGGCGAUAACGGCGGCCGGGCCUCGGUAGCGAUUUCCUGCCAUCUACUGGCGGCUGCGAGAGGGGCUCACACCCGGGGAGCGCACGGGAGGGUGCGGGGCCAGCACGGGUCUGUCCAUUACCACAAUGAGUGAGUUAAAGGACUGUCCGCUGCAGUUUCACGAGUUUAAGUCUGUAGACCAUGUGAAGCUGUGCCCUCGGUAUACCGCUGUUCUGUCCCGCUCAGAGGAUGAUGGUAUCGGCAUUGAGGAGCUUGAUACACUUCAGCUGGAACUAGAAACUCUCCUCUCCUCAGCAAGUCGGAGGCUCCGAGUACUGGAAGCAGAGACACAGAUACUUACUGACUGGCAAGAUAAAAAAGGAGAUCGCAGGUUCAUGAAACUGGGGAAAGAAAUUGAGCCGGGUACACCUGUUAAACACAGCAAACCCAAGAAGCAGAAACUGGAUGGUAAAGGAAGUCAUGCCUCCAAUACAGGUCCAGGAAGGCCAAAAUCCAGAACUAUGCAGGCCAAAAUCCAGGAUUAUGAAAUGUCAGAUGACCCGGUAGAUGUGCCCAGAAUGCCUAAAAAUGAUGCCCCAAACAGGUUUUGGGCCUCUGUUGAACCUUAUUGUGCUGAUAUUACAACAGAUGAAAUCAAAGUUUUGGAAGAUCUCUUGAAAACACCAGAGGAUGAGACAGACUAUUACAAGAUUCCUCCCCUUGGGAAACACUAUUCACAUCGCUGGGCACAAGAGGAUCUGCAAGAAGAACAGAAAGAUGGAGCCCGAGCCGCUCUGACCGGAGACAAAAAGAAAGGUGUUCUGGGACCACUGACUGAACUGGACUCCAAAGGUAAUGUGGACUCGUUGCUAAAGAAAUCUGAAUCCCAGCACGACCAGCCUGAGGACGGAUGCCCAUUUGGUCACUUGACACAGCGUCUCCUGCAGGCACUCGUUGAGGAGAACAUUAUUUCGCCAGUAGAAGACUCUCCUAUACCAGAGAUAUCCGGGAAGGAAUCUGGAACAGAUGGAGCAAGCACUUCUCCUCGAAGCCAGAACAAACCUUUCAGUGCUCCACACACAAAGUCUUUAGAGAGUCGUAUAAAGGAUGAGUUAAUAGCCCAGGGUCUACUGGAGUCUGAAGAUCGACCUGCAGAGGACUCUGAAGAUGAGGUGUUGGCUGAAUUGCGCAAGAGGCAGGCUGAACUUAAAGCUCUUAGCGCCCACAACAAAGCUAAAAAACAGGACCUGCUAAGGUUAGCAAAAGAAGAAAUGAAUAAACAGGAGCUGCGUCAGAGAGUGCGCAUGGCUGAUAAUGAGGUUAUGGAAGCCUUCCGAAAGAUUAUGGCAGCACGUCAGAAGAAAAGGACUCCAACCAAGAAAGAAAAGGAUCUUGCAUGGAAGGCCCUUAAAGAAAGAGAAAGCAUUCUAAAGUUGUUGGAUGGAUAAAGCAGAAUCCUGAAAAGGACCUGCUUUUAUAUCUAUGGACCUUGACUAUACAAGGCUGUGUACUUCCAGUAUGUUUAUGGUUGACCGAACCAACAAGAUGAAAUGUGAAUGUGACUUCAUUAUUUUCUGAGAACAUUUUUAGUGGUCAAAUGGAAAACAGAAGAUUUUUUUUGUGUUUGUUUUGUUUUUUUAAGAUACAUAUGUCUGCGUCAUUAAGUUUGUUCCUCCCCAAUGUGCUCUUGGACUCCUAUUGUGCCAUUUUGUUUUGAAAUAAAAUGAACAUAAAAUA